CUAACGCCAGCAGAAGAGAAAAAGCUCCUCCGACGCAUUGAUUGGCACCUCAUGCCUCUGUGUUCUCUGAUAUUUAUGUUCAAAAACCUUGAUGUUGAUAAUGUUUCAAACGCACGAAUAAUGAAUCGAGGAACAAACCAGAACAUCAUGACGCAGCUGGCCAUGACUGCCGAUGACUACAAUUUGGUCACUGUAAUGUAUUAUAUUCCCUACAUCAUUGGUGAAGCGCCAUCCAAUCUACUCCUCAAAAGAUUCUCGCCGUCUAAGUGGCAAUCGAGGAUUAUGAUUACAUGGGGCAUCGUGCUUGCUUGCCAUUGUGCGGUUACAAACAAGAGUGGUCUAUACGCUGCGCGGUUCUUCCUUGGAUUAGCUGAGGCAGGCCAGUUCCCUGGUGUUAUCCUCCAGAUGUGUUACUGGUACAGACCAGACGAGAUGUCCCUUAGACUUUUGUAUUUCUACAUAUGUGGCAAUCUCUCCGGAAUAUUCAGUGGUAUUCUAGCCUACGCCUUCGACAAGGCUUCCGGCAGAGGCGGGCUUUCCGGAUGGCAAUGGUUAAUGCUGACCGAAUCCAUCGUAACAAUAAUCAUUGGUGUUGCUAUAUGGUUCUUACUUCCAGACUUUCCCGAGACAGCUUCGUGGCUAUCUGAUAAAGAAAAGGCGUUUAUCCAAGCACGUCUACCCCCUAACGCGCCAAGAGCUCAAGAACAAAAUUUCGACUGGCGCGAAAUAGUUGCAUCAUUGAAGGACGUUCGACUGUGGCUUUUCACUAUGAUAUGGGCGUUCUAUACCGUGGGCACAAGUGGUGUUAGGUUCUAUCAGUCGACUGUUAUUGCUGAUUUGGGAUUCACGAGCAUCGCUACUGCUCAACUACUAAAUCUUCCCAUCACCAUAUUGGGUCUUAUUGUUAUCGCAGUCACCGGUAUUUUUGCUGAUAAUGGCCGCUUGCCACGACCGUUAUAUCCUUUAUCGUUUCUAGUCAUCAUAAUGGCCUGCUAUGGUGUGUUGGUCGCAUACCCCAGUGUAGGGGGCGUCUACGCCGCGACAAUGAUUGGGAAUGCUGUAACUGCGGCUUGGUACCCUACAAUGUGGCCAUGGCGCGUACAGACCACCAGCCGGGCCACAGGGUCUGCCUUCUCGAUCGGUUUUGUCAACUCUUACGGACAGAUUGGCGGGGCUAUUGGCCCGCAGCUCUUCAGAAGCGCCUACGCACCGCGA